AUGUCUCACUGCAAGUUCGAACAACCUCGCCACGGUUCUCUUGGUUUCUUGCCUCGUAAGCGUGCCGCCCGCGCUCGUGGUAAGGUGAAGUCUUUCCCCAAGGAUGAUGCUUCCAAGCCUGUCCACUUGACCGCUUUCCUUGGUUACAAGGCCGGUAUGACUCACAUUGUCCGUGAUCUUGACCGUCCUGGUUCCAAGAUGCACAAGCGUGAGAUCCUCGAGGCUGUCACUGUCUUGGAGACUCCCCCCAUGGUUGUUGUUGGUGUCGUUGGUUACGUUGAGACUCCUCGUGGUCUUCGUUCCCUUACCACCGUCUGGGCCGAGCACUUGUCUGAGGAGAUCAAGCGUCGCUUCUACAAGAACUGGUACAAGAGCAAGAAGAAGGCUUUCACCAAGUACGCCAAGAAGUACGCUGAGACCACUCAAUCCAUCACCCGUGAGCUUGAGCGUAUCAAGAAGUACUGCUCUGUUGUUCGUGUCCUUGCCCACACUCAAAUUCGCAAGACUCCUCUUACCCAAAAGAAGGCUCAUUUGAUGGAGAUCCAAAUCAACGGUGGUUCCGUUGCCGACAAGGUCGAGUGGGCUCGUGAGCACUUCGAGAAGACUGUCGAUGUCAAGUCUGUUUUCGAGCAAAACGAGAUUGUCGACGUUAUUGGUAUCACCAAGGGUAAGGGUGUUGAGGGUGUCACCACUCGUUGGGGUACCAAGCGUUUGCCUCGUAAGACUCACCGUGGUCUUCGUAAGGUCGCUUGUAUUGGUGCCUGGCAUCCUUCCAACGUUGGCUGGACCGUUGCCCGUGCUGGUAACAACGGUUACAUGCACCGUACUCAAUUGAACUCCAAGAUUUACCGUAUUGGUUCCGGUGAUGACGCUAAGAACGGUGCUACCGACUUCGAUGCCACCGAGAAGCGUAUCACCCCCAUGGGUGGUUUCCGUCGCUUCUACAAGAACUGGUACAAGAGCAAGAAGAAGGCUUUCACCAAGUACGCCAAGAAGUACGCUGAGACCACUCAAUCCAUCACCCGUGAGCUUGAGCGUAUCAAGAAGUACUGCUCUGUUGUUCGUGUCCUUGCCCACACUCAAAUUCGCAAGACUCCUCUUACCCAAAAGAAGGCUCAUUUGAUGGAGAUCCAAAUCAACGGUGGUUCCGUUGCCGACAAGGUCGAGUGGGCUCGUGAGCACUUCGAGAAGACUGUCGAUGUCAAGUCUGUUUUCGAGCAAAACGAGAUUGUCGACGUUAUUGGUAUCACCAAGGGUAAGGGUGUUGAGGGUGUCACCACUCGUUGGGGUACCAAGCGUUUGCCUCGUAAGACUCACCGUGGUCUUCGUAAGGUCGCUUGUAUUGGUGCCUGGCAUCCUUCCAACGUUGGCUGGACCGUUGCCCGUGCUGGUAACAACGGUUACAUGCACCGUACUCAAUUGAACUCCAAGAUUUACCGUAUUGGUUCCGGUGAUGACGCUAAGAACGGUGCUACCGACUUCGAUGCCACCGAGAAGCGUAUCACCCCCAUGGGUGGUUUCGUCCGCUACGGUUCCGUUGAGAACGACUACGUUAUGCUCAACGGUGCUACCCCCGGUCCCGUUAAGCGUGUCUUGACUCUCCGUAAGUCUCUCUUCGCUCACACCUCUCGUAAGGCUUUGGAGCCCAUCAACCUCAAGUGGAUCGAUACUUCUUCCAAGUUCGGCCACGGUCGCUUCCAAACCUCUGCCGAGGCCAAGCAAUUCUUGGGUACUCUCAAGAAGGAUUUGGAGUAA